AAGGGUCACAGGCCAGAUCACGGGCAAGGUCACAUGAUGAUGAUCAUCAAACCCCCAAUCAGAGUCAACCACAGGAUAAUCAACCACAUAAUGAUCAGACCGAAUCACAUGUUCGAGAAGUUAAAGACGAAAUACGAUAUCAAAGGGUAGACCAAGAAAGCGAUCUCUCCUCAAAAGUGCUAGAC